UGCAGCCAGCAUUAGAUGAUGAAGCUAGUUUUUGUCCAAAUUUUAAUAAUUUUUUUCGGAGUAAAUCAAAUAAAUUACUGCAAAAAUGACAGAAUAAAAUGGACGCUCAACAAAAAUCUCGAGAAUGUUGUGACUCGAUCCUUGUAUUCAAAUGACAAGUUCUACAAGAACCUCAACACUGACUGCAUCAAAGAGAAGCUUAAACUGUCUGAAAAUGGCGAUAAAGAAAUUUUUAGACUCGAAAGUGAAGUUUUAAUGACGAAAGCGAUUACAUCAUGUUCAGAAUUUGGAGCUGUUGAGUUUUUCAAGAAUGCCAUUAGGCACAAGCCAGGACAUUCAGUAUUUGAUACAAAAUCCGAUGACCUUCCUUGCACUAAACUUAACUUACACAAAUUGGAUCCAACUUCUUGUCUGGUCAAAAGCUUCAAUCCAGAAUCAAUGUCGGAUGACGAGAAAGAAUAUUGCGAUGAAAAAACAAAGGCUGACGAUUUUAACACCAGAAUGAUGAUAUCAGAUGCUAUUGGAGUUCCAAAAAUAUGGAAAGGAAUUGAUUAUGUUUCAAACUUUACGUGCGGUGCUUUUGACUUGAUGAAUUUAAGGAAAAUUGUUUUUAAAAUGCAAAUUUUAUGGAAUGCAGAAGAAGGUCAGACUGAUGAGGCAGAGAUUGAAGAUUUUGCAGUCAUUUUAGCUGAUACUGUAGAUCAGGUUUUUAAUUGUCGAAUGAGUAAGUUGAGCAUUUAUUAGGUUCAGUUUUUGUAAUUUUUUAAAAAUGAUUCAAAUCAAUAAAUAUUUUA